UCCCCUCCCUCUCCCAGGAAUCGAUCGCUAUCCAUCCGGUCGCACCGCGGCACUGGCGGCACUGGCGGCACGUCGACGCUGGGCUCGGGGUCAACGACAGGCAGCAGCGGGCGGCGUGGGUUCAGCCUGGCGUCGCUGUCGCUACGGAACCACCACCAGCCGGAGCUGUCGCGGCGGCUGGCGCGGCUGAUCAAGUCGGAGAACAGCCUGAUCGGGGCGCACGAGGCGGCGGGCAAGGAGCGUGUGUUGAUCGCGACGCAGCUGUCCGAGUGGGGCGAACAGACGGGCGACGACUCCAUCAGCGACGUCAGCGACAAGGUCGGCGUCAUCCUGUCGGAGCUGGGUGAGCAGGAGGACAACUACGCCCACGCCCUCGACGAGUCGCGCGGCGUCCUCAAGGCCAUCCGCAACACGGAGAAGAGCGUGCAGCCGAGCCGCGACGGCAAGGCCAAGAUCGCCGACGAGAUCGCCCGCCUCAAGGCAAAAGAGCCCGAGACGGCCAAGCUCGUCGUGCUCGAGCAGGAGCUCGUGCGCGCCGAGGCCGAGAACCUGGUGGCCGAGGCCCAACUGACGAAUAUCACCCGCCAGAAGCUCAAGGAAGCCUACCAAGCCGAGUUCCUCGCCACCAUCGAGCGCGCCGAGAAGCAGACUAUCCUGGCGCGGCACGGGCUGCGCCUGUUGCAGCUGCUCGACGACACGCCCGUGGUGCCGGGCGACGCGCGCGCGCCGUUCGCCGACGCCGCCCAGGCCCGCCAGAUCCUCAACGACGCCGAGGACGACCUGCGCGACUGGCGCCUCGAG